GCCAGGUUGAAAUUGACAAGCUCCGCACUGGAACUCCUCGCGAGGCACCGGGAGGCCAGACAUCGGGCUUGCUGGAUGUCGGGGAGCCGGGCGGCAGCUCCGCAGGCCCCUCGAGCGAGUCGCCGGCUCGUCGCUCCGGGAUCGGGCCUAUGCCAGGGGGCAGGCGACUCGGCGAGGGUCGCGGCGCUCGGAGGCGGGCUGGGGGCGGGCUGCCCGGGCUGAGUCUCCAGGUUCCGACCGGCGAUCCGGACCCCCUGACUCGUCGCGGCCCCAGCAGCCAUGGCUGAGGCGCACCAGGCCGGGGGCUUCACAUCGUGGUCCCCUAGUUCCGCCGAGCUGGACACACCGGUGUUGCGGGAGGUCUACCUGGCGGGUCUCCGCUCCUGGGCGAAGCACCUCGCCCGCUUCUGGCACGAUGUCCUCAGCGGCGUAUUCCCCGGCAGCCCCCUGAGCUGGCUCUUCCUCUUCGGUGCCAUCCAGCUUGCCUGCUUCCUCCAGCUGGACCCCUCUCUAGGACUCAUGGAGAAGAUCAAGGAGUUGCUCCCGGGCUGGGCCGGACAGCAGCACCACCAGUUUCGGGGCAUCCUGGCCGCAGCACUCUUUGCUUCCUGCCUGUGGGGCGCCCUGAUCCUCACUCUGCACUUGGCCCUGAGGCUGCUCCUGUCCUACCACGGCUGGUUCCUGGAGCCCCGCGGAGCCAUGUCAUCCACCACCAAGACCUGGCUAGCCCUAGUUCGUAUCUUCUCCGGCCGCCACCCAAUGCUUUAUAGCUACCAGCGCUGCCUGCCACGCCUGCCCUUGCCCGAGGUGCAAGACACAGUGCAGAAGUACCUGGAGUCCAUGGAACCUGUCCUCUCCAAGGAAGACUUCCAAGAGACAGCCGCCCUCGCACAGGACUUCCUGAGGCUCCAAGGGUCCAGGCUGCAGCGGUACCUGCGCCUCAAGGCCUGGUGGGCCUCGAACUACGUCAGCGACUGGUGGGAAGAGUUUGUGUACCUGCGUUCCCGAAAUUCAUUGAUGGUCAACAGCAACUAUUACCUGAUGGACUUCCUGUACGUGACCCCCACGCCCCUGCAGGCAGCUCGCGCGGGAAACGCGGUCCACGCGCUCCUCCUGUACCGCCACCAACUGAACCGCCAGGAGAUCCUGCCGACCUUGCUGCUGGGAAUGCGGCCUUUGUGCUCCGCGCAGUACGAGAAGAUCUUCAACACCACUCGCAUUCCUGGGGUCCACAAAGACCACAUCCACCACCGAGGUGACAGCCGCCACCUGGCCGUGCUGCACCGAGGCCGGUUCUUCCGCAUGGGGACCCACUCCCCCAGCGGCGUGCUGCCCCCGCGGGCCCUGGAGCAGCAGUUCCAGCGCAUCCUUGAUGACGCCUCACCUGCCUGCCCCCUCGAGGAGCAUCUGGCUGCCCUGACAGCUGCCCCCAGGGACCAGUGGGCGCAGGUGCGGUGCUGCCUGAAGAAGCAGUCCCAGGAGACCCUGGAGACGGUGGAAGGUGCUGCGUUCGUGGUCUCGCUGGACUGUGAACCCGCGGGGCUCAUGAAGGAGAACCCCGCAGACUCCCUCGAUGCCUAUGCUCACGCCCUACUGGCCGGCAGGGGCCACGACCGGUGGUUCGACAAAUCCUUCACCCUCAUCGUCUUCUCUAAUGGGAAACUGGGGCUCAGCGUGGAGCACUCGUGGGCAGACUGCCCAGUACCAGGACACAUGUGGGAGUUCAUGCUGGCCACCGAAUGCUUUCAGCUGGGGUACUCGGCUGACGGGCACUGCAAGGGGAGCCCAGACCCCACCCUGCCCGAGCCCCAGCGGCUGCACUGGGAUCUUCCAGACAAGAUGGAUCGGUCCAUCUCUCUGGCCCUGAGGGGAGCCCAGGCCUUGUCCGAAAACAUCGACUGCCACGUCUUCCCCUUCUCCCGCUUCGGCAAGGGCUUCCUCAGACGCUGCCACAUCGCCUCAGACAGCUUCAUCCAGAUGGCCUUGCAGCUGGCCUGCUUCCGGGACAGGGGCCGAUUUUGCCUGACAUAUGAGUCUGCCAUGACUCGCUUGUUCCUCGACGGCAGGACCGAGACUGUGCGUUCUUGCACCAGAGAAUCUUGCGAUUUCGUCAGAGCCAUGGAAGACCCAGAGAAGACGGCCCCACAGUGCCUGGCCCUGCUCCGCAUGGCCGUGGACAAGCACCAGGCCCUGCUGAAGGCGGCAAUGACUGGCCGGGGUGUAGACCGCCACCUCUUCGCGCUCUGCCUGGUGGCCCAGUUUCUCCACCAGCCAUCACCUUUCCUGGACCAGGUGCACUCGGAGCAGUGGCCUCUGGCCACCAGCCAGAUCCCUGUCCAGCAGACGCCACUGUUCGACGUCCUCAGCUUCCCUGAGUACAUUUCCUCCGGGGGUGGAUUUGGGCCUGCUGCCGAGCAUGGCUAUGGGGUCUCCUACAUCUUCAUGGGGGAAGAUGUGGUCACCUUCCACAUUUCCAGCAGGAAAUCCAGCACCAAGACGGACUCGCACCGCCUGGGCCAGCACAUCCGGGACGCCUUGUUGGAUGUCGCUUCCUUGUUCCCAGAGGGACAGAGUAUCACUGGCAGGACCAGAGGGACAGGGGACCAGGAUCUGAGGCACAGGUAGACUAGACCCCGAGUGAUAUCCAGGCUUCCCUGUCGCUGUCUACUCGAACGCGUUGCUCUGGGAGAAGCUGCCAUACCUCUCGGACCCGCAGCCGCACCCAGGUGAUGAGAUGCAGGUGAUGAAGUUACCGCCUCCUGCCAGCAGUUUCUGGGGGAUGAUGGGGGGCAUUCCCAGGGCUCCGAUUCUCCCUUUCUUCAACCCCACUCAGACCCUCGGACGAGCACAGUCCUCUGACCUUCCCAGACCACCCGCGGGCACCGGGCAGGAACUGGGAGAUAAUAAAGUUUUCUUGUUUUCA